CGCAAUCAUCCGACUAUUAGAUGUGACCUCGAGGUUGAUCAGGACAAGCCACCAUGUCUUGAGUACAGAAGGGCCCUCUGGAGCCCUCUACCUUCACCCUGGACCACCUUCCCCCUCCCCUAUCCAUCACCUUAGCCCUUCUCCCAGCCCCACUCAACUCCAUGAUCUCCGUGGCCAUGUGAGGAACAGGCUUCCCUGCCCUGGACCCCCACUGGCCCACCCCUCUGGUUCUCCUGGAGAGAUGAGCCUGCCUAAGCACCAUCAGUUUGGUAGUGGUAGUGGCAGGGUAAUGGGCUCCGACAGGGAUCUGCAAUCCACUGCCUCCUCCAUUUCCCUGUCCUCUGUGAAGAAGGCUCCCAAGAAAAGGCGCCUAUCCCUGGCUUCUCUUUUUAGAUGGCGAGGACGGGAGGCCAAAUCAGUUCGCCGAAGGUCUCGAGAGCUGCAAAACCCUGGGCCAGAUGGGCUUACAGGAGUGGAUGGUAUUGAGAGCAUCCACUCUGAGAUGUGUUAUGAUAAGACCUCUGCCUUUUUCACUGUGGCUGGGACCGGGGCUCCCUCUGCUGCUUUUGUUGCUGCCUCCACCUCAUUUGCCUCGGGACCUUGUGUAUCUGCUACCACCCCUUCUCCUUCCAGGCUGAGGAGUAGAGUGGGGAUGGAGCUUUUGGAGUGCCCCCUGUGCCUUCUUCACCACUCUAAGGAGCGUUUCCCUGACAUCAUGACUUGUCAUCACCGGUCUUGCAUUGACUGUUUACGGCAGUACCUGCGCAUUGAAAUCUCAGAGUCACGUGUCAACAUUAGCUGUCCUGAGUGCUCGGAGCGUUUCAACCCACAUGACAUCUGCAUGAUUCUUGGUGACCGGGGACUAAUGGAGAAAUAUGAAGAGUUCAUGCUCAGAAGGUGGUUGGUGGCUGACCCUGACUGUCGUUGGUGUCCGGCGCCCGAUUGCGGGUAUGCAGUUAUUGCCUUUGGUUGUGCGAGCUGCCCCAAAAUCACUUGUGGGAGGGAGAGUUGUGGUACCGAGUUCUGUUAUCUUUGUAAGCAGCUGUGGCACCCCAACCAAACCUGUGAUGCAGCACGACAGCAGAGAGCCCAAAGCCUUCGCCUGAGGACAGUUCGCUCAUCAUCCCUCAGCUCCAGCCAAGAGAGUGGAGUGACAGCUGAUGUCAUCAAGCCAUGCCCACGCUGUGCUGCUUAUAUCAUCAAAAUGAAUGAUGGCAGCUGUAACCACAUGACCUGUGCUGUCUGCGGCUGUGAGUUCUGCUGGCUUUGUAUGAAAGAGAUCUCAGACUUGCAUUACUUGAGUCCGUCAGGCUGUACCUUUUGGGGGAAGAAGCCAUGGAGCAGAAAGAAGAAGAUUCUUUGGCAAUUGGGAACACUUGUUGGUGCCCCUCUUGGCAUUGCACUGAUCGCCGGCAUAGCUAUCCCUGCAAUGGUUAUUGGCAUCCCUGUAUAUGUGGGAAGAAAGAUUCACAAUCGUUAUGAAGGUAAAGAUAUCGCCAAAUACAAGAGGAAUCUCGUGAUUGCAGGUGGCGUGACACUGUCUGUCAUUGUGUCUCCUGUGGUUGCAGCAUUCACUGUUGGCAUUGGAGUUCCCAUUAUGCUUGCAUAUGUGUAUGGUGUGGUGCCCAUCUCGUUGUGCCGGAGUGGCGGCUGUGGUGUCUCUACAGGCAAUGGAAAAGGUGUUCGGAUAGAAUUUGAUGAUGAGAAUGACAUGAAUGUCGCCACUGGGACAGUAGCCACUGAUUCAACAUUUGUGAUAGACACGAGAAACAAUCCCAGUGUCAGUGAAGGCAGUGUUGCUGGUCUGACGGGCAGUUUUAGCGCCAGUGGUAGCCAAAUGGACAGACUUGGGGCCCUCAGGGACAAUCUGAGUGAGACAGCAUCCACCACAGCCCUUGCUGGAGCCAGCAUCACUGGCAGCCUCUCUGGCAGCGCCAUGGUUCACUACCUAAGCAGGUUGGAAGUCCAAGCUGAUGUGCAAAAGGACCAUUGCAGUCUCAGCGGUGAAUCUGGUACUGUCAGCCUCGGAACAAUUGGCGACAAUACAAGCACUAAAGCGAUGGCUGGAUCCAUUCUUAAUGCUUACAUUCCCCUUGACAGAGACGGGAACAGUAUGGAAGUUCAGGUGGACGUUGAAUCCAAACCUGCCAAACUACGAAACCACAGCGGCAGCAUGGACGACAGCAGCCACAUGGGCCGCUGCGGGUGGACCUGCCCCUCUAACGACUGUGGGACCUCGGAAGGCCGAGGAACAUACACCAAGUGCCCGUCAUCGACCAUCUCAGGAGGCAAAAAGUGCAAAGGCAAACUGCACAAGAAGGGAGACAGAGGCACAAAGAUCAACGAUAUGAGGGAGGACAUGGGUGCUCAGCUUUUGGAGCAGCAUAGCACCACCUCCUUGGAGUUUGACUCUCCUUCUCUGAGCGGCAGCCUGCCCUCCGUUUCAGACUCCCACUCCAGCCACUUCUCCGAGUUCAGCUGCUCAGAUCUGGAGUGCAUGAAAACGUCAUGUAGCCACUGCUCCGGCGGAGGCGACUCCCACACGCGCUUCGCCACCGUCAGCCCCUUACCCGAGGUGGAGAACGACCGGCCGGAGACCUGCCCCCUUUCACGGACCACAUCCAAGGCUCCCCGGUCGCCUACCUCCUCCCCGGCUCACGUUGCAGAGCUAUCCGCUCUCAGCCUCAUCACAGAGGAAAAUGUCACUUUGGUGUGCCCAGCUGACCGGGACUGUCAGAAAUACACUGCACAGCUAAUAAAAGAAACCAACAGUAAUCCGCACCUACCACAACAUAGCACUCAAACCCAGCACAAGAACCCAUGUAUACAGACUGGCAUAUGAAAUAUCUACCACAAGUGCUUCAUACAGUAGACACUCAGUUUUGUCCAUCAUCAGUCUUAUCAAAAGUGUAGUUCAUGGAAAAAAACAAAAACCUUUGACUAUAAGGAGCCUUGCAUGUCAACUGGCUGCAAAUUGCUUUGUGAUCAUUGGUGGAAGGAGGUAGACCAUUUAUUUUGGUCUGUGGAGGUUUGAGAUGAAACCACUGUGCCAGUUUGGAUAACAUUUGUAGUCAGUGUGUGAGGUGGUGGUGCUUGGAGUUUUUCAGGUUUCUCUGGAGGCCGUGGUUGAGAAGAAAUGGAGUCAGUUUUAUUUGGAUUGAUAAAAUUCCAUGGAGAAGUGUUUUGGAUUGUUUGGUCCUGCCUCACUCAGUAAGAAGGGAGUGUUUUAACACCCCCCCCCCCCCCCCCCCCCGACUCAUGGUGCCUUUAAAAGCAGUUUGUGUUCUCUGAGUGUGUCUUGCGCGCUCUCUCCACUGUGUCUUAAGAACCCCAGAUAAUGACCCAUUCGAUACUGCAGAACGUAAUAACCAACAUACUGAGGCACGGGAAACAUGGUAAAUGAAGACGUGGCAAUUGCCUCCCAAAGACAGCACUCAGGCUCUUGUUAAUCUAACAUCUUUGACUUCUCACCAGUAAGACUCACGUUGGUGCAGGAUUUUUUUAUUUUAAUUUUUUUUUUUUUUUUUUUUUACAGCAUUGUACUGCAUAUUGCGAUUUCAUAAACACUUUUAUCCGAAGACACACAGCGGCCGUUUUCCUGUAAUAUUGUUGAUCUGCAAGGUUCGGCGACAUACUGCAUACUGAGCUGUCUUCAGUGUUAAUUUUCCUUCACAGUUGUGUUGCAUAUCAGUGUUGCUACACAGACUUGGGGUAAAAUGGUAUUUCUUACACAGCCGUUUCAGCUGUGCUUCUGCUCAGUGGCUGUGUCAUUUAGGUGGAUGCAGUCGACAUUGUUUUGACCCAGGUCUGUUACUGAAUGAACACUUUUUCGUUCUGUUGGAUAAAGCUAUGUGCCACCUUUUUUUCUGUUUAUCACAAAUACUGGCCCUGACUUCACACUCGUGCCAGAUAAGAGUUGUGGAGCGUAUUCGAUUAGUCAUUUGCUUUAUUACGUGUGUAAAUGCAUAGAAUAAAAAAAUAAAAAAUACGUUUGG